AUGAUGGCGCGCCUUUUUUUGAUUCCCAUUUUGUUGCUGAGCCUCUUCAACCCAGCAUUUUUCGAAGAAAUUGUAGCAGCCAAGGACCAGAAAUAUACUUUGAAUAAUGGAGCUUCUAUUCCAAUGGUUGGAUUUGGUACUUGGCAGAUACAGGGUGCUGAUUUAAUCAAACAAGUACUGGAUGAUGCUUUAGCUGCAGGAUACAGACUGAUAGAUUCGGCCACCUUAUAUGGAAACGAGGCAGACAUUGGUAAAGCUCUGAAAGAAUUGUUGCCCAAACACAAUCUAUCCAGGAAAGACAUCUUUAUCACUUCAAAACUGUCACCAGCCGAUCAUGGAGAGAAAGCCUACCAAGCCUUGGAAAGCUCUCUGAAAAACCUGGAUUCCGGCUACAUAGACCUGUACCUGAUCCAUUGGCCUGCUUCUUUCGCCUUGAACGCAUCUGAUCCUAAAAACGCGGAAUUGAGAGACGAAAGUUGGAAGCAGCUGGUCAAGGGUGUCAAAAACGGUCUGACAAAGAGUAUCGGAGUGUCCAACUACAAUGUGAGGCAUCUGAAGGAACUGUUGAAGAACGACCAUGGCAUCAAACCGGUUGUCAACCAGGUUGAAUGGCAUCCCAACUACCAUCAAAAUGAACUUUUGGAAUUGUGCAAGAAGGAGAACAUCUUACUUCAGGCCUACUCUUCUCUGGGAGGAACUGGAAACAAAAACUUGUUAGAAAAUGCUGAAAUCAAAAAGAUUGCUGACAAACUGGGAAAGUCUCCAGCACAGGUACUUCUCCGUUGGUCUCUUCAACAAAAUAUUGCAAUAAUUCCAAAGGCUCGUUCUGCAAAGUACAUCAAACAAAAUAUUGAUUUGGAUUUCAUUAUUCCAAACGAGGACAUGGAGAUAUUGAACAACUUCAACCAAGCGAAAUAUAUCGUGAAUCCAAAUAAAAAAUAUAUCUGGAAUCCAGAUACAGUUGCUUGA